AGGGGCCGGUCUAGCGUGUGCGAGCCAUUUCCCAACUAGCGCAAACGACCGGAUCAAAGUGCCCGCCGGAAAGCCGUAUUUUCUCUUUCGUUUUUCGUAUGAUCUUAUAUAAUUACGCGGCAUCGUAGCGCCCUUUGUAAGGACACGAUUUCCACCUCCAAUGGUUCAAAACCCUAACCCUAGAGGAAACUUACUUUAGAAUGUGAGCAUCUCAACUUCAUGGAAGGAGAUAAAUUCAUUUCAACUAGGGAAAGCCCUAGAAAUUUCGGACUCUUCAAUGGUGUUAACAAGUCCAUGGUUGGCGACGUAGCUUUCCAGAAGUCUGCCGUCGCUAUUCUUGACCGAUUCAGGGCUAUGGUGAAGGACAGGGAUGACGAGUUUAGGGCUUCAGGCGACGACGAUCCCCCACCCUUGAGUUCCCAAGAGGUUGUGCAAUUCUACGAACUCAUGCUCUUGGAACUAGCGUUCAAUUCCAAGCCAAUCAUCACUGAUCUGACCAUUAUUGCUGGCGAGCAGAAGGAGCAUGGAGAGGGAAUUGCCGAAGCAAUAUGUAUGAGAAUUCUCGAGGCCCCACCAGAUCAGAAAUUGCCAGCUCUUUAUCUUUUGGAUAGCAUUACUAAGAAUAUUGGCCGGGAGUAUGCUAGACACUUCUCUAGCCGAUUGCCUGAGGUUUUUUAUGAAGCAUAUAGGCAAGUUAGUCCUGACAUGCAUCCUGCUAUCCGGCACUUGUUUGGAACAUGGUCAACAGUGUUUCCUCAGUCAGUGCUACGUAAGAUUGAGACUCUACUGCAAUUUUCUUCAUCCGGAGCUCAUCAGCCUUCUAAUUUGACUGCACUUAAGGAUCCUGAAUCUCCUCGGCCAACUCAUGGAAUACAUGUCAAUCCAAAAUACUUGGAAGCCAGGCAUCCGUUUGAUCCUUCAAAUGUAGAUGGUAAUAGUAAGCGGGCAUCAAUGUCAAAGUUUUAUGGACAGAAAUCUGCUAUGGAAUAUGAUGGAUAUGAUUCUAAUAUACAGUUGAAGGUUGGAGCUGAGCGAUCUAGUGCAGCCAAAUCUGUUGAUAGGAAGCGUUUAUCUGCAGCUCCUGAGUUUGGUGGUCCUCGUUCUCCAUUAAUAGAUGAAUUUACAAUAAACCGGUCUCCAAAGAGGGUAACUAAUAAGAGGGGUUUACCACAUCAUCCUCGUUAUGAAUUGGGUUUCGGCAGGGAAAUAGAAAAUGAGGACUUAAACGUUCGACCUAGAGAUCCGAUAUCUAAUAAUAUUUAUAGGAGAGCUGAAUCUUCUGCUGCAUCUAAUAGGACUGAUGAUCUUGAUAGACCAAGAGCUUUAAUUGAUGCAUAUGGACGUGAUCAAGGUGAAGGAACUGCUAGUAAUGAUAGGUUGAAGAUUGCACGCCUUGAUAGGAAUGGUUUGGGUAGAGUAACUACAGAAACAUGGCAGAAUACUGAAGAAGAAGAAUUUGAUUGGGAAAAUAUGAGCCGAACAGUAGCAGAUAAGAAUUUAUUAGGUGGUUCAUCAUCAUCUAACCUUCCAAGUGGAAGAUUAGGGAUGAGACCUGGAAACCAGAGUGCUGCACAGGAUGGUUCUCACUUUUCCACUGAAAAUGUGGUCCCUUCAAUUCCUGGCAUCAGUCAAAUGAUGGGUUCACGUGAAACGACCACACAGUACCUGGGAUCUCAUUAUCUUCCAGAGUCACAGGGUCACCAAAUACGCUCGUCAGUCAGUGGAAUUUCAUCAGUUAGUGAGCCAAUCCGUCUGAUAGAAAGAAUGGGAGCUCCCAGCCUUGACUCACAAGUUACAAGGAAUUUGGCAGCUAACAUGUCGUGGACCCCCCAUUCCGAUAUGCAAAAGCCUCAUCCAGCUUUUGCAUCUCCUGCUUUUCAACAGCAGAAACAUAGGGAUCACUUUGAGUUGACAAAUAAUAAGGAUAUAGGUGUAAAUCAUCUAGGUAUGAGCAGAUCAUUUUUGCUAGAAAAUCAAUUAGACGCAACAUCAAAGAGCUCAACAAAUCGUCCUGCAUUUCCUAGCCAGCAGGUUGGCUAUCCUCCUCAUAGUCUGCACGCCAAUCCUCUAAAUUCUCAUGCAAUGGCUUCCCAAGAAGUUCGGCAAAGAUUAGGUCAUGUUCCUGUGCCUUCUAUGUUUCCAUAUAAUCCUUUGGCUACUCUAAAUCCAAACCUCUUCAAGCCUCCAAUAUCUAGGGUUUUGCAAGGUGGCAAUCUGCCACUUCUACCUCAAGGUCCACAUCAUGUUUCAAGACAAAUGGUUCCCAUGCCACAACAUCUUCAAGGAGCAACUAACCCUCCUGGAGGUUCCUUGUCAGGUUUGUUUGGUUCUCUCAUGUCUCAGGGUUUAAUCUCAUUGACCAACGCCCCUCCUGUUCAGGAUUCCAUGGAGCUGUCAUUUAACCCUGAUGUUCUUAGGAUGCGACAUGAGGCUGCUAUAACUGCUAUGAAUUUUGAUCUUCCUAGACAAUGUACAACAUGUGGCAUGCGUUUUAAAAACCAAGACGAACACAGCAGUCACAUGGAUUGGCAUGUGACCAAAAACCGCAUGUCUAGAAAUCGUAAACAGAACCUAUCUCGUAGCUGGUUUGUUAGUGCUAACAUGUGGCUUACUGGGGCUGAAGCACUUGGCACGGACGGAGUCCCUGGCUUUUUACCUGAUGACAAUACAGUAGAAAAGAAAGAGGCUAGUGAAUUGGUGGUUCCUGUUGAUGAGGAUCAAAAAGUUUGUGCAUUGUGCGGAGAGCCUUUUGAUGAUUUUUAUAGUGAUGAGGCUGAGGAAUGGAUGUAUAAAGGGGCUGUCUAUAUGAAUGCUCUCACCGGGUCAACAGAAGGCUUAAAUAGGUCUCAGUUGGGUCCAAUAGUCCAUGCCAAGUGCAUGACUGAAUCUAGCACGGUUUCUGAAGAAAAUUUUGGACAUGGUGAAGGGGCUAAGAUGAGGGUGAUGGAAGGAAAAGAUUGAGGCUUAGCUAAUUUGGGUUUUAGGUUUACUUCUGUAACUUAAGGCAAAGUAGACACACACUGUUGUCUGAUAUGUGUAGAGAGAUUAUAGUUGAAUUUGCAUGCUCUGCAUAUUUUUACACAACAAUAGGAUACAGAUACUAAUUCUCAAACACAACGGUCAAUUGCCCUUUGAAGCUUCAACUCUUUAGUUUUCUCCAGAUGCUCCUGCUGCUCCUGCAAUGGAGGUAGAACUUAUAGAUGACAAUGGCUUCCUGCUCUCGGAUGCUUCUUUUUUGUAUUUCUCUGAUGACUUGUAGGAAAAACUAGCCCUCUGAAGAGGAGGAGGAUUACCAAGCCUGGUUGGUUCUUUAUUUACUCACUCUUUCUGAGGAAACCCUAAAUAGAAAACAAUCUCUCCUUUUUUCUUUUUCCUUUUUUCCUUCUAUAUGAUUUUAGCCUCUCUUUUCUAGACUCUGUAAUGGAUGGUGAGGCAAUUAUAGUUGAAUAAUUUUAGUGAUUUUUUUAAUUAAAGAGAAUAUUAUCUUUAUAAAGUUGACU